AUGGCCUUUUUGAUGUCCAACAACCGACCACCAACUGUAAGUGAAAUUGUUGGGGCAAUAGACGUACCGAUUCGGUCGGUGAUCCUUCCACCGAACAACGUACAAGACGCCAAACAAGACGGGUAUGCCGCCACCUACCACAAUAUCGACGUUCUUUGGAAACCUACGCUUGGCGGCCGAAAAAUUUCUCGCACCACUUCCACAGACAGCAACGAUGAAGAGUUGCGACGUGUAUCGAUCACCGAAUUGGGUCCUUCAAGCCCUACUACCACAACCCCCACGAUGAUUCCAGAUUAUAGCGAUUUCGCUACCGACAAGGGAAUGGCUGUUGGCGCUGAGGGGCCACGUGUGAGAAGGAUGUCACUGAGUGAGAUGAUUUUCGGAUCUCCGGGAAAUCGACGCUUCACAUGGAGCGAGAAGACGAUGACCGAAGAAAAUGUGGCCAACAAGAAGUCUUCGGUUACUGAAGAUGCACGUUUCAAGGACAUUAUGCGGCACCAGAAUCGAGUCAAUGACGAUGGCGGCUUCAGUCUAUUCAAAACCUCCGACUACCGCACGAAAGAA